UUGGAACCUUCCAAGGAAUGGAUGGGGGCACGUGAUGCCAUGUACAAGAAGCGCCCCUCCCUCCUCUUUUCCUGUGCCUGCCAGAUUGCUGCAGUGAAAACGCCCGUAGGAUCCCGCAGCAAACGGCAACGCCGUGCAUCCGGACUAAAACGUUACCAAUUCGCAACCCGUAGCACUGCCACUCGCUCGUCUGGUUGACCCACCUCAACACUACCUCAAUUUGUCCGUAUUCAAUACAAUUAUACGCCGGAGCGAGCAAACCGCUAUUCGACCCGGUAGCAGCCGACGAUCCUCUGAAGCCCUCCAGGCUCUCCAGACCCUCCAGGCCCUGCAACAACACCGAGCAGCUCUAUUCCGUUUCUCAACAUGCCCCCAGAGGAUCCAUUCGCCGCCAAAUGCUUCUUCCUCGAAAGCUUGCCGCCCGAGCUCCGCAUUCACGUCUACGAGAACCUCCUCGUCGCGAAGUGCCCCAUUCAGGGCCCAAAGGCGCGGAAAGGCGCUAAAUACGGUCUUGGUCCCACUGUGCUGAGAGCCAACCGCCAGAUCCAUGACGAGGCUAAGCCCGUCUUCUUCGGCAAGAAUACGUUCUAUGUUACUGCUAUCACUGAGGAGCCGGCCGGUCGCUUUGAGCCGCCGCUCCUGCCGAGUCAGCUGCCUUUGGUGCGCCAUUUGAUGAUUGACUUGCUGUACUUUCCGGAGGCGGAGCCUGGGGCUGCGGCGUAUGUCGCCUCCCUGACUUCCCUCCUCACUACAUACACCGCCCCCGUUGAGGUCCAACUCCGGACCCUGCAUCUCACGGCCAACAUCCCCGCCUCGUCCUCCGCCGAAAAGAUCCUGAUCUCUUUUAUCAAAUGCGAACAGAACCGCUCCUUCGCACAGACGCUCGCUGCUCUACCACUCAAGCAAAUUACCGUCAGCUUUGAGUCCCCGGACUGCUACUACCGCUGUGUCGUCCAGCCCGCAGUGCUAUGGGAGAAGAGCCUCCUGCUACUGGCUUGUCAGGUCAUGUAUUCCCAGAGCCGGAUUCGGAUCGCUAAGAUGCUGAGUGUGUUCGACGACGCGAAGGUUGAGGAUGAGGCCGAGAAUAAGAACGAGGGAGAGGGGCGGACGGAUUUGACGCCGUUCAUUUCCUGGGCGGGAAGUUCUGCCCUCGGGCUUUUAGGGACUGAUUAG